AUGGAUCUUGGACCUGUUAUACCACCACCAAGCACCAUACAUGAUCGCCCUCCGCAAGCGCAGCCAAAGCACAUGGCAGAUGCGGACGCACACACUGUCUCGAAUGAUCGCGAUGAAACAGGAUGGAGGAAGUUCGUCAAAUAUUUCACGCCAUCCUGGUUCACAGUGACGAUGGGCACGGGCAUCGUUUCGAUCCUGCUCAACCAAUUCCCUUACAAGGCGCGAUGGCUGUACUGUUUGUCGGUGAUCGUUUUCGUGCUCAAUUUCGCGUUGUUCAUGUUGUUCGUCGGGUUGUCGAUACUGCGAUUCGCAAUGUGGCCUUGCACUCGACGGAUCACAGCGAAUAAGCCGACGCAGGCGUUGUAUUUGAGCACUAUACCUACCACUAUGUCGACCUUGAUCAACAUGAUGGUUUUCGUGUGUGUUCCUGCCUGGGGCGAAUGGGUGGUAUACACUGCUUGGGGCCUGUGGAUGGCCGAUGCAGUCAUGUCCCUGAUCUGCGCCUUGUGGCUGCCCUUCCUGCUGAUCAAGAGGACCAACGAGACGCCCCUUUCCGGAUACACGGCGUUGCAGCUGUUUCCCAUCAUUGCGACUGUCGUGGCUUCGGCCUCGGCGGGAGUCGUUGCCAACGUGAUUCCUCGGCCCGAACAAGCUCUCGCCACUGUGAUCGUCGGCUACGUCCUCUGGGGUCUCGGCGUGCCUUCAGCGCUGUUCAUCAUGGUCGUCUACUUCCAGCGACUGGCCAUCCAUAAACUUCCGCCCCGAGAAGUUAUUGUGUCGUGUUUCAUGCCGAUAGGCCCGCUGGGAAUGGGCGGGUUCGCCAUCUCGAAACUCGGAAACGUGGCGAUGAGGAUCUUUGCUUUGACGAAAACGAUCCAUCCACUUGCUGGUGAUCUGGCGUAUAGCCUCGGAAUCCUCCUGUGCUUGAUCAUGUGGGGAUUUACGUUGCUGUGGUUGUUCCUCGCCGUAGCGUCGAUUCACCAUUGCAAACAUUUCCCCUUCAAUAUGGGGUGGUGGGGAUUUACUUUUCCGAUCGGCACAUUUGCGCUGUCGAGUAACGCUUUGGCCCAAGAGAUUCCAUCGAGGUUCUUCAGAGUCAUUGGAUCUAUAACAUCGGUCUGCGUUCUUGUACUAUGGAUCGUGGUGGUGUCAGCGACUCUGCGUGACUUGAUCACAGGUGGAAAAAAUCUGCUCAAUGCACCACCUUCUCUGCCACAUAUCGACAGCCAGAAACUGGAAGAGCUGGACAACGUGGCAGGGGAUAACAAGGUCUGA